GGUAGAUAUUGGGUCAUACUUUUUUGUAACCCUGGCCUUUAUUUUGACUGGCCUUUUUUAGUUGGAACAAAAUAUUUCAAAACUGACAACUAAUUAGCCAACUUUGAAAUAGAAUAUGAUUUCACUUGUGUCAUACAUGAUCAAAGUUCUAUACCAGGUUACAUUUUAGAUUUUUUUUUGUUUUUUGUGUUUAUUUGUAUGAAUGUGCAAUUUUGCAGUAAUGUAAUUUUGUUGUGAGUUUGCAGUUAUAGAGGAAGUUGUGGGGUUGCAAAAUCAACCUAUAUUGACAGCAAAGUAUGAUGCAAUCCAGUGCAAUUUCCCUUAAAAUCCAUCAACACAUAGCAAUAAAUAUUAUCUUUAUAAAGAUUACGAUGAUCAGUUUUGCUGAAAUUUUGUCCAUUCUAGUGAUUCUAAGUGGUUCUAUUUGACCCAGGAUGUCUGAGGGCAGCACAUGUACAGAUCCAGUUUAUUAACUUUAUUUUAAGAUCAGGUUGUUUUAGGAACCAUUUCUUAAGACAAUUGAGUGAGCUCUGCCCCUGGUUGACUUUGUGUGUGAGACAACUUUCAGUUCCUUCCCUUCAUUCUCAAUCUGUUUUCCCCACUCUCUGUCUCUUUUCUCCACUACUGUGAAUGUCUUGUCUUUGUUUGGACAUACUUUAUGUUAUUGCAUCCUAUUCAGUCUGGCUCUCAGCUGUCUGUGAAUCAGGAGCCAGUAGACCCUUCAUUGGUAGCUGGUUCACCAGUUGUACAAGCAGUAACCACCCCAUCAAUAAAUCCUAUUAAUGGUUCAGUGGAUACUCUUCUACCUUCGAGUUUCGCUACUCCCUCCUGUACCCCUCUUCCACUGGAACUUCAUAUUGAUGAAGAUGGUAGUUCAGCCCCUACAGCUUUAUCUGGUUCCAAUGUAGUGAUUGCUUCGUCCAAGAGCCUUCAUUACUCCCAAAUCAAACAGUCAGAUGACAGUGGCAGUGUCAUCUCUGAGAUCUCUCAUGUGGAGAGUCUUAGUAUCUCAAGUACUGUAAAUCCUCCUUUUCAAACUGAAGGCAACAGUCCUGCACAUAUGUCAGUCACUAAAGUCUCAAGUCCACUUGAAAAGAGUUCAAGUCCAGUAGUUGUUUCGAAGAGUUCUAGUCCCGUCGCAGUGUCUAUGAACCGUAGUCCUAUUCUUAAAGCAAAGAGUCCAAGUCCACCUGAUCUUAAACUAUCCAGUCUAAGUCAGUCUGACAAGAGUCCAAGCCCAAUCCGUAACAACGACAGUCCAGUUCCUGUAAGUCAUAGUCCAGAGGUGAAGACUGCUAGUCCAGUUACAGUUCCUAGGCUUUCAAGUCCAGUUCCAAAAAGCGCAAGUCCGGUGCCACUCCCAGCUGUGUCAAGUCCGAUAACCAUCCCAAACAGUGCUAGUCCAGAUACAGUUCCCAAGUGUGCUAGUCCAGUUUCAAUUCCAAGACUUUCAAGUCCUGUUCCAAAGACCGCAAGUCCCUACACAAGCGUACCAAAGUGUUCUAGUCCUGAAACAUUGCCAAAGAAUGCUAGCCCAAUAGUACUCCCAAGACUUUCAAGUCCAGUAACGGUUCCAAAGACUGAAACUGCAGUUCUCAAGAGCCCUGCUUUAGUCUCCAGAAAAAUUUACUCAGUUCAGAGCACCAAUAGUCCCAGAGCUUCACCAAUUCAGCUUGCUGAUGUACCAACAAAAAGCCUCUCCCCCCCUCCUUCAGAAAGGCAGGGAGGUGAUAUACUGGAUUUAACAUGGCCCUGUCGGGAGCCUUUAUUGGAUGAUGCUUUAAACAAACUUUUAACCCCCGACACCACCCAACCGAGUGAGAACCAGCCACCUGCUUUCAUUAUGCCUGGAGAUGACUACAGGUCCUGGGAGGAGGAGGACGGAAUUUACCCCGAUCUCAGUCGAGAGGGAACCCUGACACCCAUGACUGAGUCCAGCUGGAUGGACGAGUGUUUCACCCCCUCCACCUGCCCCGGGACACCAGAUGCAAUGCUGGAGCUACCCUCACAGCAGCCCUCUGCUGUGGAGAGACUAUCAGCUUCUGGCCAAGUAGGACGCUCAACCUGACUCUCCCAAAAUAAGCUGCUGGCAUAAAACUUGAGAGGCUUUAGUAGCCCAUGUGGUCUUUAUAUUACUUGGCCAUGUGGCCUAAGAUAUCGAUUAUCUCUGAUGAUAACUGUAGAAUGGCAGUACCAGAUAAUAGUUCGAGGAAUGUUUCUCUACUUGCUGACAAAGCUUAUUUUGGGAGAGCAGCUCCUACAAGUACACAAGGAGCUGUGCAAAAGUACAACAACAUAAGUGUCAUGAUGAGGAAAAAUUCCUCCAUCCAUGUGGUGUGAUGCAUGUGGUGUCAUUGCAUAGCAAUUGCAAAAUGGCUUGAGGGAGAAUUCGCCCUGUAGAGACUAUUUGUGGCUGAUGGUGAAAGCUUUGCUGAGAGGAUGUUUCCGCACGUCUACACUUGCCUCAGUUGACGCUGCUGUGUUAUUCACAGGGCCCGGCCUGUCAUGUUUACGCAACGAUUGGAUGAUUUCAAUCACCAAUGGAUAUCUGUCUUCUUUGCUAACGCACAGACACACCAAGAACAUGCACAUUUGAUUGAAAAACAUACAAGAACUUUGCUUCUCUGAUAUUUGGCCUCGCUUUGCAGACUUAUGUGCAAGCAUUUUGUGAUAGACCUGUGUUGUUUGACUUUAGCUGUCCAGCAUGCCGUGCCACAGAUACAGAGUAGUUUCAAGUAGACCUCACUGUAGAGAAUGAAUUUGAAUGGAAUGGAAUGGAAGGCUGUGAUUUGCUUCUGUAGCUAAAUUUGAUUGGAGUGCCUGACAAAACCUCCAGAACACUUUGGUAUAUUUUGGAUUCAGUGCUUGAGCGUUUUUACCACUUGAAUGAGACGUCCUGUGCUGGGCCUGUCCUGCUUGCGUUUGUGACCCAACAUGGACUUUACGGUGAAUGACACAAACCCAGCUUCCCACACCUCCUCAUAUCAUCUGCUCUCCAGCUCAAGUCAGUUAUCCGCCGCACCAAAGAGACCUGCAACGUGCAUCCAAUGUACAGGGAGGGAAUGUUGCGACGAAAAAUGGGACCGAUAAUUGUGAAUAAGAGCAACUCGCAAGACCGACUCAUCGAGGAGCUGCAGGGGAAACUAGGAAUUGGUCGAGCGGAGCGGAGCAUCCGACGCAAACAGCCGCCCGAUGAUUGGAUGACAGAGGGAGUCAUCGUUAUGUCUAACCCACAGCGAACAAGGGAAGAAGGGGUGAAUCCAUCUGUAGAUAAGAUCAUUCUCCCUCCAGAAUCUCCUGCCCCACAGAGAAAAGUCCUCUCCCCUCAGCAAUCUCCCCCAGCACCCAAAAAAACAGCCCCAGUCAAGCAGAUACCUCCACCACUACCUCCUCCCCCUCCGACCCCUCCCCCUCCUCGAGAACCUACCCCUCCACCCCCCAAGGAGCCCACACCUCCUCCCAGGGAGCCUACACCUCCACCUGUCCAACCCCCUCCUCCAUCACCUAGCCCCCCUCCCAAGCCCAUCACGCCACCUCCGCCUCCCAAGGUCUUUGUAUCAGUGGGUUGUCAGACUGAGUACGACCCCAUCUUCCCUCCAAUGCAGGCAUGGAUCACCUCUCUCUUUACCUCUGCCUUUCUCUCACCUCAUACACUCAAACCACCUCAUGCUCUCAAACCGCUUUCUUUUACACUUUGCUUGAGUGUAUGUGUUUGAAUCCAAGCAACUGCACCUCUGUACGUAUGUGAGCUAAAUAACUUGGCCGGUCAUCGGCUCUGUUUUCGACCCUUCGGUGUCCUUUCACGCCCAGCUGUGACAGGUAACCUUUUUAAAGCUUUGUCUGAAAUCCAGUCAGUCCAGGUUAUGACUGGUGCUGACAUUCAGGCUAGCGAGACUGAGCUCCAUUUCUAAUUCUGACAUCUGACUGCGCCAAGAGCUCUGUGGAGAGAGGAGAGUUUAAGAGCUUAGGGCCAGGAGGAGUGUAACCCCCCAAUGUUCCCGUUACACUAACUGUCCUGCCAUGUGCAGGAAUGGAAGGCUCGCAGUUCAACUGAAACCUAAUCUGCCACAUGACAGCACAGUUACCACCACAGUUAUAGCAUCUCCCACAGGACUUCCGUCAACAGGCCCCACUAGGUUAGAUACCAGCAUGUUGAAGUUGAGUGCCAUGCACCGUCACCUCUUAUAGAAUCUGUUGUGUCUUUAUUGAAUUGUUUUCGAUGAAGACUUCUAGAUGAUCGACAUGAAGGCUAGAAAAUAAUGGCAUUCAGGUCGAAGGCCCAGUGGCUACUUUAUUUGGUCAAAGGUAAGCUGGGUCAUUUUUGUGCGUGUGUGAGACAGCAUACGUGGAGCAGAGAUGCUAUUUUCUCUCUCAGAGGAAUGUCGGAGGAGUCAUGAAGCUCCAAUAACCCCACCAUCUGAGAAGGUCUGUGUUUGCUUACAUUACAGUAGCUUGACAGAUCCAAACACACAUUCACACACACUUCUGAUAUCAGAGAGUCAUCAUCAAAGGACUGAUGGAUUAGUUUUGAUGAGAACAUACUUUGUCCUGGUUAAUUUGUCCAUUUGCUUGUUUUAGUAAUAUAUUUAUAUGUCAUCUCAGAUAUCAGAUUGCCUGCUUGAUGUUUGGGGUGGGUGAUCUGAUGAUUUUAGGCCCUGAUUCAUCUUGAAUGGGUCCACAAUCUACUAUAUAUCUUUGCUAUGUGAACAAACCAAGUGAGUUGUGCGUUUAAUGGAUAAAUUACUCUUUCAUGUAUGAUGUAGGGUAAUUAAUGAAACGUGAGUCGUAGCUUUCCUAGAAGCAAGGCUGAUUAGGAGCUUGUGCCCUAAUGGAACUAUCUUUAAUGCGAUAUUGUGUUUUAAUGAUGUAAAUGGAGGAUUCAUAGGCUAUGUCAAGUCUGGCAAAAGUCAUAAUUGAGGAAAAAGAUCACAUUUUAGAUCUUAGAUCAUGAUUAUCACUGAAAAGAUUUUGAUAUCAUAUUUUGAAAAGAUCUCCCACCCCAGUUUGUUGUACUAUCAGCAAUUCAGGGUAAGACUAUUGUAAUGAACAAUAACAAAAGAGGGAACAUGAAAGAAUUAUAUUAGGUUUACUAAAUAAUGUAACAUGAAAUGGGGGUAAGUAUAUAUAUAUAAAAACAAUCAUUCACAUACCAAACACCGAUUUGAUAAAGAGCAGUGGUCACUGGACUAAACAAACAAAGACAUUAUAAACUAUGAUCGCAAAAGUAACCAUGGUUAUGAUUCAACACCUCUGACUGAAUGCUAUUAAGCGGAAGCACAUUUCUGUUAUUUGUAUCCACUCAUCAUACGUCUGAAUGCUAUAGUGAAACCACUUUUGUCUUCCGUCCC